GAAAUUUAGGAAAUAGCCUAGCUACCAAAACAAAUGACGUCACACAGGAUUUCCAAGUUCACAGCAAAUAGAUAGUCGAAAACAAAAUACCACGCAGCUUAUGAGAGACAAUAACAAAGAAAAGGAAGAGAUCAUCUUUUCAUUGUUGAUACUUGAUACAAUCAUAUUAAGUAAUGGAAAUUGACAGGUCUUUGCCUAAUUAUUUAGUUUUGUGAGUGUUCAAGUUCUUAAAAUCCCUACAAUAAUGCCUUGGUAUCUGCCAUUCUCUGAUAAUAUUAAGAAACGUGCGUGUAGAUAUCUGUUGCAAAGAUAUUUGGGACAAUUUUUAGAAGAAAAGUUGACAUUGGAUCAAUUGACUGUUAAUCUAUACAAUGGAACAGGAUCUGUUUCAAACGUUAUCUUGGAUGUUCAGGCUCUCAAUGAUCUCGGAGAACAGAACCACUUGCCAUUCGAAUUCGUCGAUGGCUACAUUGAUGACAUGUCAGUGUCCAUACCUUGGGCAUCCCUGUUCAGCGAUUCAAGCUUUGUACAAGUCUCCGGGCUAGUACUCACAGUUCAGCCCAAAGAGAGGGAACAAGGUGCUUCGAUGUUCGACUCAAUGUGGAGCUCAAUGGCUUCUACGAGCAGCAUGCAGAUGGCCGCUGAAUGCAUGGAGGAAACCAGCGAGGCCGAUCACAGCAAUCCGCUUGAGGGAAUCGAAAAGUUCGCUCAAGCUAUUGACUCAAUUUUGACCAGGGUAAAAGUUAAAUUUACUGACGCUUUACUCCGUGUGGAAUAUAUGCAGAAAGAUAGCCGAACAGGGGUCGGGUUGGAGAUCAGAGUCAGAAACAUUGAUUACUGCGAUGAGGCGGGUUUCAAUAUGGACGCUGCAAAUGUUCCCGAGGGUGAAAGAGUAUUGCAAAACUCUGCAUUUUCAGCCAGUAAAUUCCAUUGCGAAGGUGUGACGAUAUAUACUGAUGAAUUCCCGGCUGAUAGUCGCACUAUGUCUAGAUCUCUAAUAAAGCCCAAUGAAUAUGAGAUGACUGGUUCUCAGAUUGAUCCAAAGAAUUUGAAAAAUGAACCAAUCAAUCCAGUUCUGUUUGGAAAGUUGAAUGGAAGACAAGAAGUCAGGAUAAAGUUGAAACAAGGCGGAAACAUACAAGGACCAAAGGUUGAAUUCGAAUUGAAUCUUGGGUCUUUGACUGUUUUCUCAUCUCCAAGACAAAUCCACCUUUUGAUGGAAUUGAUGGCAGGUUUCGCAUCGCCAAGCACCCAAGAUAAUAGCAAUGUGAUGUGUCGUCCAAGGUCAAGCAAACGCAUGGAACAACAUGACUACGAGAGAAUCGAACAACAGUUGAUGCACCUACUUAAUCCCGACACUAAGGGGCCGCGAGAAAGUAAAGGUCUGCACACCAUGCAAGGCUGGUCGACGGCUUCAGUUGACGAUGACAGUGACGAGGAAUUCCAUCCGGCGAGGGGGGGAGUGCGGAACAGUGGUAGAAACUGCAGUGACAGUGUUCUUUCGGGAGCGACCAGCUUGGAUGGAUCCAUUUCGUCGACUGUUAGUAGCAGCACAUAUAUGAGUAAAUCUCAAAGUGAUGUUUACAGUACUCAAUCGCAUACAACACAUUCAAGAAGUAAAAGUAAAAGAAAAGAUAUGUGUACUGGUGACUCAGAUCCGAAUGCUGAUGUCAGCACGUUUCAUAUAUCCCUUGGUAACUUGUCUUUGGUCAUUCUCCAUGAAGAUGUGAUGACAAGUUCCCCUGAAACUGGUCUCCUGGCUCCCAGUUCGGUCGCUGAAAUGUCAAAAAUGGCUGAAACGUUUUUCGAAAAGAUCGACCAGCUCGCUUUCUCAGGGUAUAGCAAUAGAGAUAUCGACCACAUCAAUAAAGUGUUUGUGGAUGCUUGUGGAGUUAACCACUUGAGAUUAAUGGCUUCGCCUGUGAUAAUAGAAGGUGACGAGAAAACCUCACCUUCUAGCAAACUAUUAAGUGCUGUGAUAACCGCUGCUAGUGUAGAAUUCUUAGAAUGCCUUAUUGAGAAAACUGCUGCUCAGGUAGUUUCCAACGUUGAAUAUGUCGAACUGUUGAAGUUUAUGCGGCCCAAUCCGAGAGAGGGCGAUCCCGAACCAGUUGCUCCAUUCUCGUCGCAACCGGACAUCUGGUUCCACCUGAAGAGAAUAGAAAAGACCACUCGGACCAAUCACCCAAGGAUACCUGUCACAGAAAUCAAUGUUACUAUUCAACAAUGCUGGCUAGAGGUUGACAUCUCGAUUGUUGACCGGAUAACAGCUAUUUUGAAUCCUCGAUCUUUCUGCAAGCCAUCAAAGAGGAAAGUCAACUCAGCGCUUUCCAGAAGCUUAUCUAAUGAACAGUCAAGCAUAUACCAUUCUACAGUUGAAAGUCAAGUUUGUCAAGAUUGCAAAAAUGAAUUGAAAAUCAAAUCUCCUUACGCUGUCAUUAGAUUAAGGAUUCCCAUUGCUGAUCUUAGGCCAAUAAGUGAUUUUUCGAGGCCGCCUUGGUGGAAACGUUCUGUUCGAGAAGAUAUGUUCAUUUUCAACUUGACAGACGUCCUUUUCAGCACUGUCAAAGAUAGUCGAAAUCCAGUCGAUCAGUACAGCUUACAGUGUAAACAAAUCAAGGCUUUCUUCCAGGAAGGCGAUAAUAGCAGACCAACUCAAUUUGCUCAAGCAAACGUAUUUGACUCUAAUAGUAAUAUACCAGGAGCUGGUGAUAAAUACAGCUUUCCAAGGAUCGUUUUAACUUUCAAUCCAGCUCAGAAACCAUCAGACCUAGAUGAUGUUGAAGACAACGAUCAAGGUAGUCUACCAUCGAUGAGUCACUCCAUAGUGAUCGAGACACCAUUGAAGGAACCAUCUCCUUUCAGUUCAAAGAGGAUCAUUCACGAAAGUGACACACCACAUAACGUUGAAUGUGAAGGAGAAGAACUUAUCAUCCCUGGAAAUAAGGAAGAGAUUUCGGAGUUCUCUGAAAACGCUUCAAGCAAUACCAGAACAAAACUUGAAAUAACUCUUCCACACCUGAACGUUCAUUUCCCUUCCAAACAUUUGUAUGAAGUGAUUUACAACAGGUUCAACUGUGAUCUUUUAUUAUGGCAGCCGGUUGCUCCGAGGGAAUCUUCCUGUGAUCUUGGACAAAGUGAUAUUUUGCCUUCUCUCUACCACGAUGCCUGCUUCACUCAGUGCAAAUCUGGAACUCAAUAUGAAUCAGAUUCAGACUCUGACAACGAUGAAACAAAUUAUAAUGUAUGGGAGCAGAACAAGCAAAAGAAAGCUACAAAGUCGAACAGGAAGGCACAAAACAGAAUCACUAUUUCACUGAAUGUAGGGCUUGGCAAACUAAAUGCCUUCACCAAUAUCAAGGAUGUUAAUGGGCAUGGGGAAAUCGAAAUUCGUUGCAAAGAAGUGAAUUUCUUCCUAGUUGGAGGCUACCAAAAUCUCACUCACAGUAGCUACAUUUGUCUGCAGAUAAAUCAUGCUGAGUUGCUUCAUAAUGGUGAGAUUUGCUCAGAUGACCAAGAAGGUUUGUCAAGACUUUUGUCUGCAUUCAAAUCACCACCUGCCAGUCAUUUACGUCCCACUCUGUACAAGACUGAUAAUGGAGCUGUUGUAUCGGCUAACGCCUCGCCUGUUGGCCUAGGCUCAGCGGUCAGCAAAGAUAUGAUCACUCUGGCUAUCUGGUCUCAUGUCAAGGAUAUCAAAGUGAAGGUGGUGAGAGUUGCAUGUGGAAUAAGAGGUGCAACUCUGAGGCAUAAUGUGGUACAGAGCAAACAUAACUGGUUCAACCAGCUGUUGGAUUUCUUCGGUGUAAUGGAUUAUCCAGUUCCUGGACACCAUCCUAUGCAAGUCAUCACUGAGCUACAUCAGCACUUAUGGGAUUGUGCAAUUGACUACAGACCACUCAAUUUGUCACUUCGCUCAAUGGUUACACUGGGAAACCUGAGUAUCUCAAGCAAUAUGGCUGCUAAAACGAGUUCGUCUGCGCUGCGAUUCAUAGCCGAAGAUGCCUCUCUGUUCCUGUCCGACAAACUGCACAACAACGUCGAUUUGCGAUCGGACUACGUGUGCGUGCUGGACUUUGGCCUUUUCGAGUUAUCUCUGCGUCUAUCGGACAGUCCCCGAGUUGACCUGAGGGCCUCCAACAAUGUGCUGCACAUCAGAACUUGCUCUGAUUCGGCGAGAUAUUUGGCUCAGCUGAUCACCUAUUUCGCUUGUGACGGAGAUCUGGCUGAGGAGGAUCUGUCAGCUUCGACCGAGGAGACGAUCAAUGAGAGCAUGAACGACGAACAGUGUGAUCCUCUCUCUCAGUCGACUGUCGAACUAGUCAACAAUUUGAUGGAGGAUGCUAUGCAGGAUAUGCAUGGCGGAAAUGGGAGUGGAUCAGCUAUAGGAUCGGAGAAUAAUCCUAACGGAGUGCAAGUGUUCUUCUUCCCGGAUGAGAGGGGAGGCGGCAUCGCCAGAGCCAAUGAGGAGAAGAGCGGAGCCGAUCCUGCGUGGUCACCCAACGACUGCAAGGACAGCGAUAGCAGUGACAGCAUGAAGGACUGGAAUAUUGUCGACAGCGAAGCGUUGGCCGGCUCUGGAAUCAUUCCUCCAAACGGUGUGCCAGUGGUGAGACACCUGACCAGUGCCACAGUGCGAGUGGUCGACAACCACUUCAGCAAACCCACUCACAAAUCUGAUCUGCUGAAGGCGCCAUCUUCCUUCCCCCCGGCCAUACUGCGCUAUUGCUUGAGAGAGAUGACGCUCGUCUGGCACAUGUACGGCGGACACGAUUUCGGAGUAGAACAGCCCAAAAAACAUGUCACUAUAACUGAAAAAGACAAAUCGACUGAUGCAGCUAGAAGAAACAGUGUUGACACCAAUGUUGCUUUCUCUUCUUCCAGGCCUCAAGAGGUGAAUAUCAACUCGGAUAGUAGAGGACAUCAGCGCUACUCCCCCCACCACCGAAACUCACUGCAUGGCGUCCAUGAUCACAAUCAACGGCCUCCAAACAAACUCUGCAAUAUCCCUUCACGCUGGCAAGAUAGGGGCGGCAAAGGUAGACAGCAUGAUGUUCUCAUGGAGCUGCAACUGAAUAAAGUGAGAUUUCAGUACGAUGUGUUCAGUAAAAACGCUGAAACGGCUUCCAGGCAGGUUUUGUUAAUUCAGGAGUUUGAAAUCAGAGAUCUGCUGGCUUCAUCCGAAAUGAACAAGUUCCUCUACCAAUACUCUAGCAUUGAUUGUCCGAAGCAGUCCAGUGCUAACAUGGUGCGAAUCCGGGCUUUGCACAUUCGACCGGAGCCAGCAGUCGAUGUGCAGGAGUGCAAGAUGAAAGUCUCCCUUCUCCCUCUCAGGCUCAACAUCGAUCAGGAUGCUCUUCUUUUCCUUGUCACAUUUGUCAAUGAGAUCUCCGGCAUUAAUAGAAAUGAAGAAUGUAAUGUGGUAGCUAUUAGGAGUGCAAGGAGCUCCCAACCACCAGUGAUGGGCAUGGAGCCAUCGAAAAAUCCCAUGCAACCCUCACCGUCCAAUGAGAAGCUCAAUGCUAACAAGCCCUCUGUAUCAUCACCAAUAUUUUUCAGAGAGUUUAAUUUCACGCCUGAAGUUCGUAUUCGAUUGGAUUACCAAGGGAAACGAGUGGACAUGACUCACGGGCCGUGGGCUGGUCUGCUCAUGGGAUUGGGCCAGCUUUCCAACUCUGAAAUACGCCUCAUUCGGCUCAAUCACCAAACUGGGUUGUUAGGUAUUGAGAAAUUGAUUUCGUACGUACUGACUGAAUGGCUGCAAGAUAUCAAGAAGAAUCAAUUGCCGGCCAUUCUGGGUGGAGUUGGACCAAUCAAUUCAUUAGUGCAGCUAGCUCAAGGAAUCCGGGACUUGUUCUGGUUGCCGAUCGAGCAAUAUCAGAAAGAUGGGCGCAUAGUACGCGGACUGCAGAGAGGUGCCAACUCUUUCACAACCUCCACCGCCAUGGCAGCCCUAGAAAUCACCACCAGAAUAGUGCAAGCGAUACAGUACGUGGCUGAGACUGCCUUCGAUGUGGUAUCCCCCGGGCCGAGUGUUCGCAGCUCUAAGCAUGUCAAGAGAAAUCGUUACAAUCAACCGGCAGACAUCAGAGAAGGUGUCUCAGCCGCCAUAUCGCUUGUCAAGGAGGGCCUUGGCGAAACGGCACAGACACUGAUGCGAGUAGCCAGCGCCGAGCACGAGUCGAAGGGUGCAGUGGGUGCGGUGGGAGGGGUGCUGCGGCAGCUGCCGCCCACUGUGGUGGCUCCCAUCAUCCUCGCAUCAGCUGCCACCGACCGGGUGCUAGGCGGGGUCAGGGGUCAGCUGGUGCCUGACGCCCGCCAAGAGCACAAGCACAAGUGGCGGCCCAACCACACAACAUAAGUCCAUAAUAGAACACAAUAUUCCACACUGAAGUGGCAUGUCACAAAUGCUGCACAUCCAACAAACAUGGUGAAAAAUUUAACAAAGACAGUAUUCAAUGAUACAAUUGUAACACUGUUUCAUGGCAAAAAAAAACAAAAUCAUUUUGCUCCUGAUGCAAUUAAAUAAUAAAAUUGAACAAUCACAGCAAUAUAUGAUAAUAUAAUAGUAUUUUAACACUUGUUUAUGGGGACAGGCUACAGAUGACAGUAAUGAAAGAAAUGUUGCUUUAUUCCUAAAGCAUUACAGUAGGGUUCCAUUACACAAUCAAAUAUUUCACUAUCUUUCUUCAAAGUUUAUUCAGAUUAUAUUAUGUUAGAUUAUCAACAAAUUGAUAUUGAUGACCUGUUACAUGAUCAAAGAACGUUGAACAAGGUUAUUUAAUCAUGUUAAUUGGAGCUUCACUGUACGUAAUUGGUAUGGCCAAAAUGAUAGCGAUAGACUUUAUGAAUAUUUUGAUUUAAUUAUAAUAUAAUAUAGAUAGGUAGCAACAGUACAUUGAAAAAUAUACAUAGGGCUAUUCACAGUUGUAAAUUAAAAUUAAUGAGCAAAAGUAUGGCCUGGUCAUCUGCUUCAUGUAGCCCUUCAUGAAGCCUUGGCAAUAGACACACAGCAAUGGUGCUCGAGGCUCUGCCGGCCUAGAAAAGCAGUCCUAGCGUCCCAUAACCCAAGGUGCUAGAGUGGUAAAACUCCACCAAAAAUCCGGGUACCCUCAUAUCCCUAAUCUUUUCUAUUCCGCAUCCUCACCUUCUUAUAUCGUAGCCUUGCAACCCUCCCAGAUCAACCUUUGUCCCAACACAUUCUCCCUAAUCCCAUACUAUCACUUCAAUAAUAUAUGGCCGGAAUGAGAGCAAUGGACUGUAUUGGAUGGUAUUGAGCGUUGUUAUAAUGACUGCCUGGACAGUUGGGGUGAUUGUGUUCGAUCAGUUAUCCACACCAGUUCAUGUAUUUGAUAUGUCAACAUUAUAUACGAGAGGAGCCAACUCACCGGAAGAGACGUGCGUUAUGAUGUUCAAUGAAGCUUGACGAACCGUGCCGUCUAUAAUCAAUCUACAUGCCAGGUGUGGAUAACUGAUGGAACACCAUCACCCCAACUCUCCAGGCAGUCAUUAUAACAACGCUCAAUACGAUCCAAUACAGUCCAUUGCUCUCAUUCUGGCCAAACCAAUGAGUAAUAUGGUCUUUCUCCAAGAAGCAAUAAUAACAUUUCAUGGUAUUCAUAAUUAAUAGGUAACAUUAUGUGUUUUAAAUCAAUGCAUUUUUAACAUCAAGCUAAAGAAAAUCAUGAUUUCUAAAAUAUUUGUCAGUACGGUAGAGGAGGAGGUGGUAAUAUGGACCCCCACUUUGUUUUUGUCUUAUAAAAUGGAUACUAUUGAUAAAAAACCUUUGCUUUUUGCAGAAAUACAAUCUAUUGUUAGUUGCAGAACACAAUGUUGUAUUAAUAAUCAUUGAAACCCUCAUUUUAUAAUUUUUUAAAAUAAAUUUUCAUAACCCUACACAUAAUGAAAAUAUUGGGAGGUGUUGUUAAUAUGGCCCCCAUGGUGUUUGUAAUAUAGACCUCAUAAUUUACGUACAAAUAAGGAGAAAAAAAUUAAAAACGGCUUUGUGGCACUAAAAAAGUUUAUUAUGCAUGAGUAAUAGUCUUAUAUUAGGGUAAAAAAAUGGAUUAUAGAUAUUUGUAGAUGAUUGAAGGUCAGUGAAUGUAGAAAAAAGUUAAUGACAAAAAUCGCAGACAUAUUCCUCCCUCUCUGCUCCUGCACAUUCAUUAUGGGCCCAAAGAGAACACAUCAAGCAUUGGACCCAUAAUUCAUUAUAGCACAUUAAAAUUGAGAAAUUUACAUACCUUCCAAACUUUCAAAAAACACAAGAAUAGAAAUAACCUCAAAAUUCACCAACUGCUGCAUAGACUUGUUCCAUGGACUCCUAGUGACCAUCAACUGAACUAAUGAGCUAGUUCCCAUCAAAACUAGAUCUCAGCACUUGGUCAUUGAAAUACAGAGGGGUGCCAUAUUAUAUGCAGGGGCCAUAUUACCACCUUUUCCUCUAACAUUAUCAUUAUUAGAAAGAUGACAACAAUGAUGUCAAUUUCAUAGUGACAACAAUCAAAAUAUAUUUUGUUUUCUUGAAUAAUAUAAUCAUUGAGGUUGUAAAAGAUGUUGCUUUGUUACACAGAUUUGAAGUAGUAAUAGCACCUGAUCUGCUGUAAUAAUAGCACCAACAAACUUCUGCUUAAAUAAAAAUCUAAUUUCAUCACAAGUACAAUUUAGUUAAUUUUAGUUGCGUUGCUUUUAUGAAACAUCUAUUGCUUCAACCAAAUGUAUAACAUAUUAUGUUACAAAUGACAACAAUCAAAAUAACCAUUUUUUAACAAAUAGAUGCAUUACAAUGCACCUAAAAAACGAAAGGGCGAACAAAAAUAGAAAACUUUUAAUUUUUUCUGGUUAGUCAAGUUUUCAUAUUAUUAUAAUUUUGGUUUAAGAAAACCAGUUUGUUCUACAGUUUGUCUUAAAUGGAGGGAAAAUAACUGAUGAGUUUUCGGUAAAUGAAAUGAAUAGGGAAUAAAAAAACAAGGGACCUACAACGUGAAAUAAGGUUGAAAUACUUCUACUAUAUUAUAUUUUCUGGUAUUAAAUUUUGUCUCUUUUCCGGUUUCAAGACGCAGUGUCUCCUGUUUUGUAAACAAAGGCCUUGGACAGUCAUGUCAUGUCUUUUAAUUGCUAUGUGAUUGGACAAGUAGCUGAUCAUUGUCGAUUUUUUCUAGUUGUUUAUUGUAAGUAGUUGAAGGUAGUCUGUGUUUUUGAAUAAUACUGUAAUAAUUUUCAAAUAAUAAAGGAUACACAAUUCAGAUGAGCUUCGCUGCUCUCUCCAACCAAUUCUCAGCUAUUUCUUGUUCAAUAAAAAAAAGAGAUAAGAGGAAUUUAAUUUUUGUUUUGUUACUGUACAUUGUUAUUUUUAUUUUUGUAACUCUCAAGGAUUAUUUUUGUAUUGAUUUUCUUUUUUAUAAUACGAACUGCUUGAGCGAUAUAGAAAAUGUCAGUAGACCUUUUACUAGUGUGAUGUGGCAUAUGAAUGUAAAAUCAUAGAUCCUACUACUGUAGGCUACUUCAUAUCAUAAGUAUUCAUUUUAAUCUAAGAUGGUACGAGUAAAAAUUUCAUUUAUGUCUUGACUAUGGUGGAAAGUGGCAAGCCGUUUGAGACUUCAGAGGUUUUAUCAAUUUCAUGCCGCUAAAAAUAUCGUGGAUAGAAUCAAUUAUUGUUAAAUUCAAGCUCAAUGACCAUUUUUAACUCAUUAUAAGCUCUCAUUACUCGUAUAAUUGCUAUAUAAUAUAGCAGGUUCGUAAUUAAUUAAACAUUCAAUCAAAUUCAUAUUAACUGGUGAUAAUUAUCCACUACCAUUCACGAUCCUUCGAUUCUGUAAUAUUUGGAAUUAGAACGAAUAGUACUACUUUCAUUACAUAUCCAACAUUGUAAAUGAUACUUUCAUCCUUUUUGUGUAAUGAUCAAAACAGCGUUUUCUCACACAUAGAAACAUGACAUAUUAUGAUAUUAUAAUCUUUUAAUGUAUGUUCAAAUAAUUCUAGACAAUAAAUUAUGUUAGAGUUAAUUUCUGCAAAUUGUACUCAAUUUCAUUAUGCUUCUUCCACUCUUAAAAUGUAAUUAGUUAUUUAAGUUGUGUUCCAGUCAAAAACUAUCAUAUCAUUGUUUUUCAUAUGUUAAUGCUUUGUAUGUCGAAUUAUUUUUUAUUAAAUCACAGAAGGUUGUGAAAGAAUUAUUCGAUAGCUAUUGUUGAGGAUAAACAUUGUAUCCAUAACAUUAAUAACAACGCUGGAGUUUGUUUGGGCUACUGCUACUCCAUCACCAUUACUUAACUAAAAAUUAGAUUCGGUGAUGAAAUAGAAUUUAGACUCUGUAGAAGAUUAUGAAUUGGUUCUAUAUUAAAAUAGCGUGUUAUACUGUAACUUUGCUUCAUGUAUUACAAAACAAUAUUAAAGAAGCUUUUUCCGAGGAUAUGCAUCACAGUGAAACCUUAUCAAAAGAAAUUUUAUAAAUUUUUACAAAAAUCAGUUUCGUAGAUCAAUCUGGAAAAAAUAUCGAAAUAUUGAACUUAUAAAAUCUCAGUGUAAUUGCUUGAAUAUAUUUUGAAAUAAAUCGUAAAAAAUCAUUA